GGUUUGUCAUGGCCGGCUUAUAAUGCUUUUGAAUGAUCCAAGUCAACCACCUCUUUCUUCUGCAAAGUCCAAGAUUCCCUUGUUCGUCUUCGUUCGUCACCAUGUUCGUUUCUUCUGUACUCCACGCUACUACUUCUACCACUACUACUACUACCACUUCUCUGCCUCUCCUCCAAUGGCGUCCUCCUUUCCCGCCAUUUUUUUCCCUCUCUUUUUCCUAAUAUGUCUGACCUUCCCCACCGCUCACCCCUCCACCAUCGGAGUUCAUCUCCUCUCCAACCUUCUCGAAACGCAGGAUCGCGAGAGGGCUCCGCCUUCCCUUCAACUCGCCGCCGCUCGUGGCGUCCUUCGCCGUCUAAUUCCUUCUCAUUCUUCCUCCUUCGACUUUCAAAUUGUCUCUAAGGAGCAAUGUGGAGGUGCGUCUUGCUUCAUCAUCAGGAACCAUCCUAUUUUCCAUAGACGCGGGGACCCAGAAAUUUUAAUAAUUGGGGUCACUGGAGUGGACAUUGUGGCUGGUCUGCAUUGGUAUUUGAAGAAUUGGUGUGGUUCACAUAUAUCUUGGGACAAAACUGGCGGAGCUCAACUAUUUUCAGUGCCAAAAGCUGGAUUGCUCCCCCGUCUCAAUGAUAAUGGUGUUUUCGUUCCAAGACCUGUUCCUUGGAGUUAUUACCAGAAUGCUGUCUCAUCUAGCUAUUCUUUUGCUUGGUGGGACUGGAAAAGGUGGGAGAAGGAGAUUGAUUGGAUGGCUCUUCAGGGUAUCAACCUACCUCUAGCAUUUACAGGGCAAGAGGCUAUCUGGCAGAAAGUUUUUCAGGUUAUUGGAGUUGAACCAACUCUCAUUUUUUCUUCACCAAACUUACAGCCAAGAUCAAUGCACUGCCAAAACUGCAGUACGGAUUUUGAUGAUUUCUUUGGAGGUCCUGCAUUCCUUGCAUGGUCUCGUAUGGGAAAUUUGCACGGAUGGGGAGGUCCAUUGCCACAAAGUUGGCUUGAUCAACAGCUGCUACUGCAGAAAAAGAUUCUUCGAAGGAUGUAUGAACUUGGAAUGACUCCUGUACUUCCGGCCUUCUCUGGUAAUGUUCCUGCUGCACUGAAAAGUAGAUUUCCAUCAGCAAAGAUAACACGCUUGGGAAAUUGGUUCACAGUAAAGAGUGACCCUAGAUGGUGCUGUACAUAUCUUCUUGAUGCAACUGAUCCUUUGUUUGUUGAAAUUGGGAGAGCAUUCAUUGAGCAGCAGCUAGAAGAAUAUGGAAAGGUGGGUCACAUAUACAACUGUGACACUUUUGAUGAGAAUACUCCACCUGUUGAUGACCCAGAGUACAUUUCUUCAUUGGGAGCUGCAAUCUUUAGGGGAAUGCAAAGUGGCGAUAAUAAUGCCAUCUGGCUAAUGCAGGGAUGGUUAUUCUCAUAUGACCCGUUCUGGAGACCUCCACAAAUGAAGGCACUUUUGCAUUCCGUGCCUGUAGGCAAGCUGGUAGUUUUGGAUCUGUAUGCCGAAGUCAAACCCAUAUGGAUUUCUUCAGAGCAGUUUUAUGGUGUUCCUUAUAUCUGGUGUAUGCUGCACAACUUUGCAGGAAAUAUUGAGAUGUAUGGGAUUUUAGAUGCAAUAGCUUCUGGACCGAUUGAUGCUCGCACAAGUGAAAACUCAACCAUGGUUGGUGUUGGAAUGUCAAUGGAAGGCAUAGAGCAGAAUCCUAUUGUAUACGAUCUUAUGUCUGAAAUGGCUUUCCAACACAAGAAAGUUGAUGUCAAGGCCUGGAUUGAUCUCUAUCCAGCAAGGCGUUAUGGCCGAUCUGUUGCUUCUGUGAAAGAUGCUUGGAAUAUUUUAUAUCACACUAUUUACAACUGCACCGAUGGUGCUAAUGACAAAAAUAAGGAUGUAAUUGUGGCAUUUCCUGAUGUUGAUCCGUCAUUAGUAUCGAUUCCACAAGAAAAAUAUUCCCACAAUAAAAACCAAGUGUCCAGGGGAUCAAUGCUAAACGCAAUUACUGAAUCAUUCGACCAACCUCAUCUAUGGUAUUCUACUUCUGAAGUAAUACGUGCUUUAGAACUUUUUCUUAAAAGUGGAGAUGAAUUAUCUGGAAGUAACACCUACAGGUAUGAUCUUGUUGAUCUGACUAGACAAGCUUUAGCAAAAUAUGCAAACCAGCUGUUUUUGAAAGUAAUAGAAGCAUAUCAAUCAAAUGAUGUUGAAGGAGUGACUCACUAUAGCCGCGAGUUUUUGGAUUUGGUGGAAGAUUUUGAUACACUGUUAGCUUGCCAUGAAGGAUUUCUUCUAGGACCUUGGUUGGAAAGUGCAAAACAACUAGCCCAAGAUGAAAAUCAGGAAAAACAGUUUGAGUGGAAUGCAAGAACUCAAAUAACAAUGUGGUUUGACAACUCAGAUGAAGAACCAAGCUUGCUUCGUGACUAUGGAAACAAGUACUGGAGUGGGCUUCUACGAGAUUAUUAUGGUCCCCGAGCAGGCAUAUAUUUCAAGUUGUUAAUUAAAAGCUUAGAAGAAGGUACUGGUUUUCCAUUCAAGGAUUGGAGGAGGGAGUGGAUAAAGCUUACAAACGAUUGGCAAAGCAGUAGAAAUGUUUUCCCUGUAAAAGGUGCUGGUGAUGUCGUCAACACAUCAAGGUGGCUUUUCAACAAGUACUUGCAAAGUCCUGAUAAUUUACAAUCACUCAAUGAGGCUGCUGGUAAGUAUGCUAUUUAAAACCAUUGAACAAGGUGUUAAUAACAUGGGAACUGAUGUUUACAAAGAUUCACUUCUCGUUUAGUCUCUCAUUCCCCUCUUAUCGAGCCAAAGCAAAAGAAUUCGGUUGGUGAAUUAUCAUAUGAAGUUCUAUUCUAUUUCAAAACUAAUUGGUUAUAUGUGAAAUAAUUUAUAUUUUUAUGAGAAAUUACUAGUGUGGUCUUGUGUUUUUUCAAAUUAUGCGUUUGGAUAC